CUUUAUAAUAUAAAUUUACCUUAGUAAAAAUGCAGAAAAUAGAAGCUUUUGGGGAAGUUCCUCUGGCAAGGUUUGGACAUACAGUGACACUUGUCUCAAAGAAGAAGGCUGUUCUUUUUGGAGGAGCUACUGGGGAUACAGGAAAAUAUGUUAUCACAGGAGACACCUAUAUUUUUGAAAUACAGAACAAGAAAUGGACGAAACUUGAAGGAGGAGGUAUCACUCCUGCACCAAGGGCAGCUCACUCCUCAACUUCUGUUGAUACCCUCCAAAUGGUUGUUUAUGGAGGGGCUACUGGAGGAGGAAGCUUGGCUUCAGACGACCUUUAUUUACUAGAUUUGAGAAAUGGAGAGAAAAAGGCUCAGUGGAUGAUAGUGCCUGUUGUUGGCAAUACUCCAGGUCGCAGAUAUGGUCAUACUAUCAUCUUCUCAAAGCCCUACCUUCUUGUGUUUGGUGGAAACACAGGAACCGAACCUGUAAAUGAUGUUUGGUGUCUCAAUGUCGAUAAAGCUCCUUUUUCUUGGACAUUACUUGAUACUGUAGGAGAUCAGCCAUGAGUCAGAGUAUACCAUUCAGCUGCACUUUGCUCUACAGGAUCAGCGACUGGAAUGAUGGUUGUUUUUGGAGGAAGAACAGGAGAUCAAACUGCAUUAAAAGACUCUUGGGGUUUAAGAAGACAUAGAGAUGGAAGAUGGGACUGGGUAAAAGCACCCUAUAAACCUAAUAGUGAUGAACCACUCUCCAGAUAUCAGCAUUCAACUGCAUUCAUUGGUCCUUUGAUGCUUGUUAUCGGAGGUAGGACUGAUACUGUUGGAGAGACUGUGACUCUUGAGGUUUAUGAUACUGAGAGUUCCGAAUGGAAAAGAUUUUCAUCCAUCCAGAGAUUCAGACAUGCUUGUUUCUGUUUGGAUACACAACUCUACAUGCAUGGAGGAUUUGAUAAUGAGUCUCCAACCGUUCCCACUGACGCAAUUAUGAAAUUAGAUGCUGUUCAAGUCUUAAAAGGAGCACCUGAGCUUCUUGAAAAGUUAGAAAAUUGAUUUGGAAUUCAACCAAGCUCUGGCUCAAAUACUCCAAAUUCUCCUCACGGAAGCUAUUCAGAUAAAUCAACUCCUACUCAAAAAGAAGGAGGUAUUAUCCUGAAGAAGCCUCAGAUUGAAAACAUUGAAGAUAUGGAAGAAGAGAAGGACAUGAAGAUCGGCAAAGGAGCCAAGGGAGGAAACUCCGUUGAGACCUUAUACACUCUCUUCCUAAACCAUCUCCUCAAACCUAAGGAAUGGGCAUCAAAUGAGGAUGGAAUUGCUGAUACAGAGAUGGAUAGGUUUUACUUCAGAACCAACUUCAUCCUGUCCUUAGUGGAAGAGUGACAGAGAGUCAUCGAGUCUCAACCAAUGGUGCUUAAAGUAGAAUCUCCUGUCAAGGUCUUUGGAGAUAUUCAUGGCCAAUACCAAGAUCUCAUGAGGUUCUUCGAUUUGUGGGGAGAACCAUCUGAGAAAGGAGAUAUCGAAUCGUAUGACUAUCUUUUCCUAGGAGAUUAUGUUGAUAGAGGAUCUCACUCAUUAGAAACUAUUUGCUUGUUGCUUGCAUUGAAGAUCAAAUACCCGACUAAAAUUCAUUUAUUGAGAGGAAAUCAUGAAGAUAAAUGGAUCAAUAAUGCAUUCGGGUUUGCAGAAGAAUGUAACACAAGACUAAAUGAAGACCCUGGAGAGCCUGACUCUGUUUUCAACAGAGUUAAUGAGCUAUUUGACUGGCUCCCUCUUGCUGCCAUUAUUGAAGAUAAAAUUGUGUGCCUCCAUGGUGGUAUUGGAAGUACUUUAGCAAGCUUGGAACAGAUCGAAGCAAUUCAGAGACCUCUAGAAGUUAUUCAUGAAGUUUCGACUCCCGAACAACAGCUUGUAGUUGAUAUUUUAUGGUCAGAUCCUACUGAUAAUGAUUCAGAAUUAGGAAUUCAGCCUAAUUUCAUUCGGGAUCCUAAUGGGACUGGAAACAUUGUUAAAUUUGGACCGGAUAGAGUCAAGCAAUUUUUAGAGAAUAAUGGAAUGUCAAUUAUCCUAAGAGCGCAUGAGUGUGUUAUGGAUGGAUUUGAGAGGUUUGCUGGAGGACAACUCAUCACGGUGUUCUCAGCAACUGAUUACUGCGGAAGACAUAAAAAUGCCGGAGCCGUACUAGAUAUCACUAAACAAUCAGAAAUCAUUCCAAAACUGAUCUAUCCUCUAAAUAAUGCUGAGAACAACUGGGAGGAGAGUGCUUUGGAGAAGAGACCUCCUACUCCUCCAAGAUGGAGUUCAGGUAACAGAUCUGAUUCUCAUGAAUAAAUAUAAGAAAGUCACUAAUUUCCAUAACCGACAUUCAUUAA